ACUGAUUUGGAAAGCGGCGAUUAUACCCUAGAAAGUGGUGCAAAAAGGAAUUUUGAAGCUCUUAAGACAGCGGAAGAGCAAGAAGCAAAGGCUGCUGCAGAAGAAGAAGAGGAAUUAAAGAACAACCCUAUGAAACUACUGGAAAAGAGGACGGAGCAAAGCAAGAGAGAGAUGGACAUGGUCGAGAUCCUUGAGGAUCUUAGAGAGAUCAAUAAGCGCCAUGCAGGUCUAGAUGCUGACCGCGUGUUACUUCGUAAACUUUGGGAAGAGAAGGAUAAGCAAGAAACCGAAGAAAUUCAGCAGGAAGAGAAGUUUAUAAAUGCACUUGCGUAUCUAGGAGGUUCCAUUAGCACUCCCGGCGGAAUUUGGAACACAACCAUUAUGCUUAUGUUAAUGCCAUCGAAUGCAAUACCCACUGCCCCACUUUUGAUUCAUACUAGGAAUGGCCUAGCUUCACUCUAA